CCCCGCGUCUCGCCCGUUCCCUGCUGAGGACUUUCCCUCGGUGCUGUGUGUGCUUCAAACCCUGUGUGUCGCCUUAGGUCUUGCCAAUGGCCGGCAAUAGUACUGGUGGUAAAAAGACGGUCUUUUUUUCUCUGAUAAAAUCGAAGAGAUCGAAGGACAGGGGCAAGCCUGAGAAAGAUCCUUCGGACGUCGCCCAGUCGUCUGUUGCCGCCGCUGUAGCUCAGCCUAAAGACAAACAGAGUUCGAAAGCCAAGAAAGAAGAAAAGAAGAGGGAAAAGUCGAGGCGUUCCUCAUCAAAAAGCAGCGUGGGAUCUCCUCCUUCCGGCUCCGCACGCGACAGCUUCAUCCUUCAGUCCCCGUCGGUUCUGGCGGAAGGCAGGCCGCAACAUGGCUCUCCGCCUGGUGGUGAAGAGAGUGCCUUUUCCGAGAACUCGUCUGAGGCUACAAGAGGAGAAUUGUUUCCUGAUGACCCACUGAAGGUAGCGGAGAAAACUGAGCCCCCUGCUGAAUGUGAGGUCAAAAGAAAGCCACUGGACGAGCAUUCUCUCGAGACACAUCUGAAACAAAUAGAACUUCAGCUUCAAGAAAAGGAGAAGGAUUUUCCUCAGGAUUCAAGCAACAAAUCUUUGCCAGAAAGGCUGCAAGCAUUACUUGGCCAUCAUGAAGAGAGAUGCGAACGUGUUUCGAGCGAGAAACAUGACAUGGCCAGAGCUCACGAGAAGCAAGAAAGCGUACUGUAGAAGAACACUUGACGGAAAUUGAAACCAAAAAGAGUGAGGCUAAACUGAAGCAUGAGAAGGAAGUUGCCCAAAUAAAAGAAGCUUUGGAGGAGAAGUUGCAGGAAGAAAAGGAGACCAUGAUACGAGAGCACGCUGCUGAGAGAGAGAAACUCGAGAGAGAGAAACUCAAGAUGGAGGCUGAAGGUGAGAAGAAGAGACGUGAAGAAGAACAAACGAGCAUGAAAUCUGAGCAUGCAAGAGAGCUAGGGAAACUUAGGGACGAGGUGGAGCAGAUGACAACCCGGCUCAAAGGAACAGAAGAUGAACUUCUCCACAAGCUUGAGCAACUCAAGCAGGAGAACCAGGCAUUGGUGGAGCAGAUGAGAGAAGAAGCACAGCGAGAAGUUUUGCAAACAAAACAAGCUGUUACUCAAAAGGAGGAGGAAAAUCUCAAGCUUAGUGAUGAAGUAGCCGAGCGUAAAACAAAGUGUGGUGAACAGCAAGCAACGAUCACUGAACUGGAAAAUUCUGCGACUGCUACGACAACCAAACUACACAGCCAGGAAAGAUUAGCAAGAAGCUAUGAAGACAAGAUGAGAAAGCUAGAGCAGCGACUUGAACACGAGAAGAUGGCUAAAACAGCAGCCUCAAAAGAGCAUGAGACACAAGGUCAGGUCCAGGGGGACAAUUUCCAAACAGAACUGAAGAAGAAAGAAGAGGAAUUGAUAGAGCUACAAACACAACUGCAGACUGCAAAGGAACAGCUUCAUGAAGAGAAAACAAAGAGCGCAACAGAGCUUCAAACGAAAGAAGAAAACUUGGAACAGCUUCAGCUACAACUCCAGAGUACACAAAAGCAGUUUCAAGAGGAGAAAACAAACACUGAAGAGGAGCUAGAGAGGAAUAAAGAGGAAUUGGAAAGGCUGGACCAACUGCUCCAGAAUACACAAAGAGAGCUACAGGAACAGGAAGAAAAGAGAGAGAUUGAAUUCCUGAAGAAAGAAGAGGAACUAGCAGAAGCACAACGGCAACUCGACGCAACACAGGAACGUCUUCGAGAACAGGAAGAAAAGAGAGAAGAGAGUCAAAUAAAGCUUGAGUCGUUCCAGAGAACCAUGAAGGCGGAAGCCUCGACUGCCAAGUCAGCAACCGACCUGGAUGAGUACUUUGACAAUAUGACCAAACUCUGCGAGGAAAUGACGAAGUGGAAGAAGAAAUCAGAGGAUCUGAAGAAAGAAGUAGACAAGCUACAAAAGGUCGUUGAUAGUGCAGAACUGAUGGAGAAAGCCUACGUGGAGACAGCCACGAAGCUAAGUGAAGCUGAGGCCAACAAGGAGGCGCUGCAUUCCCAAGCCCCAGCUGUAGCUGGAGGAGGAGGAGAGGGAGGAAAACAGAGCUCGGGGGCUGGGGCCACUUGGACAGGGAGCUCACCAGAGCCACAUGGUGGACCAUCUGUGAGGAGGUUGAAAAGGGAGGUACAGGACCUCCGGGAGAAACUCCAGGCCCGAGACGAAGAAGUCCGCUCUCUGAAAAGCCAACAAGGCAACACUCCACUCGCCAAUCCUCCCCUAUCACCAACCGACUCAAUGGCAGCAGAGACCGGGGAAGUUGCGUCUCUGAAGCUAAAGUUGAAGGAGAGAGAGACAAAGCUGCAUAACUUGGAAGUGCAGGUCGGAUCUAUGGAACGAGAUCUGCAGGAAAGAGAGAAACUCAAGAGGACUUCCGAGAGCCUUAGAAGUGAUGUUGAAAAACUGACUCGUGAGAAGAAAACUCUUUCGGAGUACAGCAAGCAACAGAGUCAGCAGGUCUUAAGUCUCAAGAAAUUACUUGAAGCUAAACAACGAGAAACACAAACAAAGGUUGGUGAUAAUACUUUUUUCACCCUGUGGACUGAAAUUGACUCAUUGCUGUACAGAUGACAGCAGAUUUGAGUCAGUCCGGUGAAAUUCAAAGAUGGAAAACGGCUGCAGAGACUGCUCAGCAGGAGUUACAAAGCUUUAUGACCAAAGUUGAAGAUUUGACUAGAGAACUUGACAGGCAGAGGUCAGAGAAAGCUGCAGCAAUGGAGAUUGCCCGGCAGUUCAAGGAGAAGGCUGAAUCACUGAAGGAAGAAGUUGAGAAAACCAAGCUUGGAUAUUCAGUCUUCCAAGAAGAAAACCAGAGGCUGAAACAAAUGGUCGAAGAGGUGAAAUCGGCAGUCACAGCUGAGAAGAAGGCAAGCUUUGUUGCAGCGGAUGAGCAUAAAAAAGAAGUGGGAAUGCUGAAAGAGGGAUCACACGAGAAGGACGUCUUAAUGCAAAGAGCUUCUGACGAUAUCAAACAGUUGGAGAGUCAACUCACUGCUGCUGAGGGGAAAUACAAGGAGCUUGAAGAGUGCAACAGAGACAUACUGCGUAGUCAGGAGCAAGCAAAUCAGGAUGGAAUGAGACAGAACGAGGAACUGGAGAAACUAAAGGAAGAGGUGAAAGUGAAGACUGCCCAAGUCACACAGUUCAAAAAACAACUCGAAGGGAAAAACAAUACGAUCCCAACAGAGCAAGUUGAAAAGCUCCAAAUUGAGCUGGCUACCAGUCGCAGCAGCCUGGAAGACACUGCAAAACAACUCAAACAUCUUUCCUUCAAGCAUGCAGAGAUGGAAAAGCAGUACGCGAAGAAAAUUCAGGAGAUUGAGAAGCAACUGCAGGUGAUGAAGGGCGAGAACAUGAGAAUGGUAAAGGAGUCUGAGACGCACCGGAAACUACUGGAGAAGCAGAAGGAACUCCAGCUGAAUCAGGCCCAAAUGCAGCAGGCAGAGAUGGCCAAUGAGCUCACCAGACUACAGCGGGCUAGAAACAGGGAGGACGAGUUUUCAAAAGCGUUCCAUGAGGAGUUUGAAGCCCAUCGGGUCAUGAAAGCCAAAUAUGCAGAGUUGCAGCAUCAACUGGACGCUGCCCUGGACUCUCUGGAUGAAAUGAGGCAGAAGCAGGAAGUGUUGAUACAGACGCUAAUUUACCAUAGAGUGGAAGUCCCCUUUGUGGAACCUCGGCAACUACCCCCUGGUAAUAUGGCACAAGCAACUGCUGAAACACUCCAGUGGAGCACUCAGCCACCAACACCAGUGGCCAUAUCUCAGAAGCCGAUAGCCAGUCCAGGAGUGUUCAACCAGGGAGUGGACCGACUCAGCUACAUGCCUCCCCACUCCAACGCUGAGUUUCAGUACCAGGAGCAGCAGGCCGAGCAGAGAGUCAGCCACUGGCAGCAACAACAGCACAUGUACCAACAGACAGGGAUGGAAAGAGGUGGUCCUCCACUUUCACCGCAACCACAAGCAGCUUUAGCCGUCCCUAGUUGCCAGCAAGCUGACACUGACGCAGUCGUCGGUAUCCCAGCCAGUGCGGUGAUUCGACCGAUUGUUCCUCGCAGCAGUCAGCACCUGUCGCACACCACGCACUUGCCGGGGGCCCUCCAAUCACGACACUCAGAUAGCGAGAUACAGUCCGGACGCGUGGUCCGUGAACAACAGCUGUAUCCACUGUCACCACACAGGACGUGCAACCCAAAUGCCCAGCUUCCUCUGACUGUAGGGGAAGUAUCGGGAAUGGGCCAAAACCAGCCGCAGAAAGCGGGCCAUCCCCAGCUACAGCCAGGUCUGAGGGGGAAAUCCCAGCCAAAUGUGUACUCGGGCGAUCCCCAACAACAGCAGGGUGGAGUUGUAAUGGGACAGCCCCAGCCGCCGAAUUCGGAUAUGGGGCCAGCACAGAUGGUGAACAGGGGUGAUCCCCAGCCUCACGGACAUUCUCCUCACAUGGACCUCUCAGGAGGGAACUUUCUAGCGAGGGACCAACCACCAAAGCACCAAAACGUGUUCUCGCCUCCUUCGCAAGCCGUGGAGUUCGUUGGACAGCAUGACCCCUACCGCCAGCAGCCAAACUCUCAGGCUCCUUCCAGUCGCACACCGCUAAUGCCAGUCCCAUCUGCCGAGACAACUAAUGCAGCCACAGACUUGUGCUUCCAGCGCCAGCAGCCUCUUGCAUCGCAACCAUACAAGACUACUCUCCCUGGAGGUGCACACCCGUCACAGUACCCACAGGCAGAGUUCGUGAAGCCUGUCGCUGAAACAGUUUUGCCUCCUCAAGCCUGCCCUUCGGCCAAUCCUGCUGUAAUCGAGUUCAAUGAACGUUCCGAGACAGGGACAACCAGUGUUGCACCUCGCAAGGCCUCCGAUGCAAACGAUGAGGAACAGGGCCUGAUGGAAAACCUCAGUACCACAAUCAAAGCAACAUUUGAAGAAAUCAACGAAGAGGAGCCGACUCCAUCUAUUCAGUCUGGGCUCCAAUCGCUUCCACCCGACCCAAACCUGCAGUGUGUCAUGUGUGGGAAGGUGUUCAAGAUUGGACAGAUAAACUUCAAGCGUCACUCCGAAACCUGCACUGGAACUCGAUCAAAGUAGCUAAAGCUUUUAUAGAUAGAGAAAACAACUUCUUUUUUUUUUUUAUAACGAUGAUUGCAGAUGUACUUGUGUUUUUGUCAAUGUAUAUAC